CCGGCUGGCUUCGGUUCCCUCAGUCGGAGCUGCUGCCAUGGCGAGCGGGGUGGCCGUCUGCGUUCUUUUGGUCCUGGCUCUCUCCGGGGGCAGCGGCGCUGCAGAAACCGAAGAAGUGGCCGUUGGCGAACUGGAUGGGGAAGUGUCCCUACGAUGCUGGAACGCCUCUUCUCAAGUCUUAGUGGUCCAGUGGUUUCAAGGCCAGCCGGGUAAAGUUCCCAUGCUCUUCUCCUCGGAUGGAACGUUGCCUUCAGACAGUCGCUUUUCCCUGGUGGAAAACAGCUCCCUGCAUAUUUCGGGGCUGCGUUGGGAAGAUGAAGGCCAUUACGUGUGCAGGGAGAUCCUGGCUGAGUCCAACCAUACCCACAGGAUCCAGUUACGGAUGGCCAGUGGACCAGACCGGAUGGAGGUCAGCAUAUCACCCACCGGGACAUUGCCAAAUGGCACGCUUUACGCCCGAAGAUACGACAUCUUGAACUUCACCUGCAGCAGUGACUCCAGGCCUGAUUCGGCCACUAAGUGGGAUUUUAACCCCCUUGGCUCUGCGCGGGAACCCUUCACCAAGGUUAACAGCUCGCAGAGUUAUUUCGUGCUAGAGAACAUUGCGCCCAACUACCAAGGGAAUUACUCGUGCCUGGCCACCAACUUGUUGAGCCAACGUCAGAAGUCCGUCGUCCGCGAACUCCUGGUCUACUGUACGUAUGACGGAAAAUACUGCUUCUUCCAAAACUGGCAGGAACCCAGCCCUGUUCCAACUCCACUUUGCUUCCCUCCUGCGUCAGAGAGGCCCAUGGUCAUGUCCAACCCAAUGAAGAGCUGCUUUGUGGGGAGAUCCGUAGAGAUGACUUGUGAACUGACCGCUGGCAACCCACUUGCGAGGAUCACCUGGCUGCGCAACCUCUCCAAGGCGGAGGUAGAGAUCCGGUCGGGUGGGAGGUUUCUCGUCAGCCAAAAGGACAAGGUCUCCACCCUUGUCAUCCAGAACUGCUCCACCAGCAGAGACCAAGGGUACUACAUCUGCAAGGCAAAGAACCCCCUAGGCCUGCGGGAAGUGUACGUCCACCUGAAGGUGACAGGCUCAUUUCCAGGAACGUCCAUCUCCCUGGAGGAAAUCCAGAGGUCCCAACCCACGUCGUAGAGCGGAUCAUCUCUUCCUUUAUGCUUUAUGUACUAAGAAAUGGAAGUGUGUCUCGCAGAGCGGCCGGAACUGGGCCACCAAGGAUUCCUGCAACAUUAUCCCCAUCUUUUUUGCUUUUCCUUGUAUUCCUUCCCGUGCUGCUGCGGCUCGGCUGAGCUGUGUGCCCUGCGGAAUCUGAAACAACAUUUAUGACGUAGGACGAGGAUAAAGUAUGGAGUGGCUUUUUCGGAACCAGAGGAAGAAGCAUUGCAGGGACAAUUUUCCAAGGAGAAAAAGGCUUGCAGCCCAGCGGAAGAGCUGGAGGGGCAGGGAGAGAUUUCCCAGCUGGUCCUGGAUCUCCCCCUCCCGUUCCCAGCUUAGAUUCUCUUUGGAUAGAACUCUUAAUAGGAGUCAAAGCUCUUAGGGUCUUUUUCAGGGGAGGAAGCAUCACAGCAGUUCCUGUUUGGGGUGGGGUGGGAGAGGUAUCAUUGUCUUGUCUAGUUUCAGAUUCCUUGAGGCAUCUAACAACACUUUGUGUCCUCUAGAGCAGCGGUCACCAACUGGUGGUCCACGAGAAAAUUUUGGUGGUCUGCAGAAAAAUUAUUUGCAUUUUUUAUAU